UCUCCACCAUCAGACACACACAUGACUCUACCAGGACGUGUGUUUUGUGUUGUUCGUGUUGUUCCUGUGGUUCGUGUUGUGCUCCUGGUUGUGAACAGACACACAGCUGCUCCCUGCUCGCAGCUGAUCGCAGUCCCCUCGCAUCGCCCGGCAGCAACCAGCAGAGCAGCGGCCUCCAUUUUGACUCCGACACCGAGCGAUCCCUCACGUGUCCUGGGCCGUCUCUCUCACAUGACCCGAGUGUUUGUUCCCGUGAUCAGCACUUCCAUCUCCGCCUGUGACACCGAAUAGCUCUUUUUACCGUAACCCUGAUGGAUAUGCUCGAACAGAGUCUGGACACCGCAAGCCAAGACAAGCAGGACGAAGAGGUGGUGCACGUAUCUGAAGACGGAACAGGAGACGAGCAGACGGUGACGAUAGCCAGUGUUCAGCAGGCUGCAGCAUUCGGUGACCAUAACAUACAAUAUCAGUUCCGCACAGAGAGCGGGCAGGUGACGUAUCGAGUUGUUCAGGUGACUGACCAGCACCUCGAGGGGAGAGACGAUGGGGGUGGAGCAGUGAGCGUCGUCUCCACAGCUGCCUUCGCUGGGGCUCCUCAGGCUGUUGCUCAGGCUGUGAUCCAAAACCCUUUCAGUAAUGGAGGAAGCCCAGCAGGAGAGGCGGUGGGAGGGGAGACGCGCUUCGCUUACUUCCCCGCCACCGCGGUGAGCGAUGGGACCGUGUCUGUGCAGGCCGCCGCCGACCCGACUCUCACACAGGCAGGGGCCACAGGUCAGUUUUACGUGAUGAUGACCCCACCUGAUGCCAUUCAGGCAGGAGUGCAACGAAACAUUGCCCCACGCACACAGUCCUUCCCUGCAAGUGAAAACGACCUGCUGCAACAUGAAGGUUUAGACUGGAAAAUGGAUGGACCGCGAACACCGAGAGACGAAAGAAGGAGAGCGCAACAUAAUGAAGUUGAGAGGCGGCGAAGAGACAAGAUCAACAACUGGAUUGUCACCCUCUCCAAGAUCAUCCCAGACUGCAAUAUCGACAGCACCAAGACCGGAGCAAGCAAAGGAGGCAUCCUGUCCAAAGCCUGCGACUACAUCCGUGAGCUGAGGCAAAGCAACGUGCGGUUUCAGGAGAGUCUGAAGGAAGUGGAGAGGAUACAAGUGGACAAUGAGCUGUGCAGGCAGCAGAUUGAAGAGCUGAAGAACGAGAACGCUUUGCUCCGAGCACAACUCCAGCAGCACGGCAUCGAGAUGGUUGGAGAGACGCCGCCGCAGUGAAGGAGGAAGACAGUAGAGCGGGCGGGGGGGGGG